GCCUUCCAGCUGCCGCCUUCCCAGCUGCUGCGGGGGCCUGCUGGGGGGUGGGGGCAGUAGGUAGACAGGCUGUCGCCCCCGUCACUUCCUCCGCCCUCCCCAUCUGUCCGGGAGAGAUAUAAGGGGCCCUGGGCCUCCACCUGCGCCAGCUCCCGAGCCCGGGCCCACCCUGUGAGGAGCGUGGUCGCAGGAGUCUGAGCUCUCGGCCCCACCAUGGCUCCGCGUGGCCUCGUGCCCCUGCUGCUGCUGCUGCUGCUGGGCCUGGCUGGCGCUGCACCUCUCUCGCGGCAGGAGGUCACCCGAUGCCUUGAAGAGGCCCUCCAAGACAAGCUGAGCCCGGGGGGCCCUCGGGAGGGUCCUUGCACGCAGCUCUUCCAAGCAGAUGAGCGGCUCACGUCCCUGCUCCAGACCCUAGAGGGGCUCAGGCACCAAGAGAUCUCCAAGCACCAUCUGAGUCCCGAGCCCGAGGGAGAGGAGCAGGAGGUGGAGGAGGAGGAUUUCAGGAAGAAAAAGAGGGGGCGUGGGGAGGCGGAGGGGGAGAAGAGGCAGGGCCAGGAGGUGAGGGAGGAGGAGGAGGAGGAGGAGGAGGAGGUGAAGGCCAAGGGAAAGUCAGAGAUCAGGGUGCAGGAGGGGAGGGGGCAGCCCAGGGCCGGAGAGGAGGAGGAAGAGGAGGACGGGAGGAGGAAGAGGAGGGGGCCGGCCCAGGAAGAGGCGGCGGAGGCCUGGGGCCGGGGCCUGGAGAAGCGUGUGGCGGAGAAGGCCAGCGAUGAGGAGACUGCCCAGUUUGAGGAGGAGGAGAAGGGGGUGAGGCUGUCCGGGGGAGGCCACAGCUUGUGGCAGGGGGCCGGCCCCGCCCACAGACCCCACCACCCCGUGCCCCAGCAGGAGCAGGAGGAGCAGGAGGAGGAGCAGGAACACCGCGAACUGGAGCGCCUGGAGCAGAUGGGGGACGAGCUCAAGAGGGCGGCCGAGGCGCUAAGCAAGAGGGGCUGAGGAGCACCCGCCCCCCCUUGGCACACUUGGCCAAGGACUGGAUCCUGCCCUCCUUGCUCACACCCAGGAGCCCUCCCCGAGGGUGGGGGAGGGGGUCACUGAGAGCACAGGCUCGAGGAAGGGCCUCUUCCCAACGUGAAUAAAGCACAGAUAAAGCACA